GUGGGGACCUCCGUGUGGGAUAUGGGCCCUCACCGGUGGGCGAUGCUUUAAGCCUCUAAAAACAUCCAUCAUUUUUGACAGGUGUCGCUGCUCACCCCCAAUGCCUGGACUUCGGACCCCCUUUCAAGCCCUCCAUGCACUUGGAAUUUUGCUCCCAGUAUCAAGAUUUCGGAUGCUGCGACCAAGAGAAGGACAACAUGAUAGCCGAGAGGUAUUGGUCUGUCAUGGACCACUAUGACUACAAGGAGCAGGAGCUGUGCGGGGAUUACGUCAAGGAUAUUUUGUGCCAGGAAUGUUCGCCAUAUGCUGCCCAUUUAUACGAUGCUGAAGACUUCAGAACACCAGUCAUGUCUCUUCCAGGCCUCUGUUUUCCAUAUUGCUCAGACUUCUACUAUACCUGUCAAAGCACCAUCUCUCUAAUGACGGAGGACAAGGACUUAUUAGAAGCUGCAAAAGACAGAGAUCAGUUUUGCAAUCUCCUUGAAUUACCAGAUCCGGACUAUUGUUUCCCAGAUGUAAUACAAAACAUGGACCUGAAUAACAACCUUGGGGCCCCAGUUGAAGACCCAGAAGGCUGCCUCAAAAUGUGCUUAAUGGAGGUGGCCAAUGGGUUGAGGAACCCAGUCCUGAUGGUCCAUGCCAAUGAUGGUACCCAUAGAAUGUUUGUGGCUGAGCAGGUUGGUAUAGUCUGGGUAUAUUUACCCAAUGGUGGACGGUUAGAAGAACCUUUCCUGUAUCUGCAGGACAGCGUGGUGUCAAGUCCAUGGCAUGGAGAUGAGCGGGGACUUCUUGGAAUGGCAAUACAUCCAAAGUUCCGGUGGAAUGGAAAAUUUUAUAUUUACUAUUCUAUAUUUGAUGAUGAUUAUGUGGAGAAAAUCCGGAUUAGUGAAUUCCGAGUGUCACGCUAUGACAUUAAUAAGGCGGAUCGACAAUCUGAAAGAGUCCUUUUGGAUGUUGUGGAACCAUACCGGAACCACAAUGGGGGGCAAAUACUUUUUGGUGUGGAUGGAUACCUGUACAUAUUUACAGGAGAUGGAGGGGAGCUUGGAGAUCCACAUGGAGAAUUUGGAAAUGGACAGAACAAAAGCGCCUUGUUGGGUAAAGUUCUCCGGAUAGACGUAGAUGGUGAGAGAGCUCCUGGAAAGGCCUAUGGAAUCCCACCGGAUAAUCCAUUCGUCUCAGAGCGUUCCGCUGCUCCGGAGGUCUACGCCUAUGGAGUUCGGAAUAUGUGGAGAUGUUCUGUAGACCAAGGAGACCGAGUGACCGGGAAAGGAAGAGGCAGAAUCUUCUGUGGCGAUGUUGGCCAAAGCCGAUAUGAAGAAGUGGACAUCAUUACUAAAGGUGGAAACUAUGGCUGGAGAGCCAAGGAGGGGUUUGAAUGCUUCGACAUAAUGCUUUGCCUCAACUCUUCUUUACAUGAUAUUCUACCGAUUUUUGCUUAUGGGCACAACGUUGGAAAAUCGGUCACCGGUGGUUAUGUAUAUCGAGGUUGUGAUUCUCCGAAUUUAAAUGGACUGUACAUCUUUGGGGAUUUCAUGAAUGGACGUCUUAUGGCUCUGCAUGAGGAUGAAACAACCAAACAAUGGACCAGGCAGGAUAUCUGUAUGGGAGACUUAUCCUUCUGCGCAUUUCCUAAGCUGAUCAACAAAUACAGCAAAUUCAUCAUUUCCUUUGCAGAGGAUGAAGCUGGAGAACUGUAUUUUCUCUCUACAUCGGACCCGACAUCUUUAUCUCCGUACGGAACAUUAUAUCGACUCGUGGACCCGUCUAGGAGAGCGCCACCUGGAAAAUGUACAUACAAACCUGUGCCAGUGCGGACAAGGGGCAAAGUCAUUCCAUUUGAACCACGUGAAAGAACUGUUCUUGAAUUACUCAGCGAAGAACUUAAACCACUAGUCAAGAAACCUAUAAAAGUAAUGCCGAAAAUACAGAAAAUCAUGACUAAAGCUCCUGUUAAGGUUACGACUACUAUAAAAACCAUUACAACUCCUCCUUUACCUACCAAGGUAACAAAGGGGCCUACAGAACUGACUGUCAAUAAGAUGGAACCGACUCAAGAAACAGAGAUUUCAUCUGUGAUCACUUCACACCCUGUGUCCACCAAUGACAAGACCAUAAAGGCUUCCAAUGUUGAAUUAUCUCCAGGUGAGGAUAAUGAAACUGCAAAGGAUGUGAUCAAGGAAACAUCUCCAACUAGUCAACCAAUGAGACCAACUGAGGACAUGUUGACUCAAGCUCCAUCUGUUGAGCACCAGCAGUCCACUAGCGACACUGUUAAACAGCCCAAAAAACCUUCCCCCACCAAGAGCUCCAAGAAAGUCAAGCCUACCAAAGUUCCAAAGCGUAAAAUACACGAUAAGAAAUCUAAACAACCUAAGUCGAAGCCCAAAAAAUCUAAACUUGACAAGAUAAAGGAUGAAUUCUUCUCGAAGGACAAGUCCAAAAAACAACACAAAAAGAAAAUGAAACCAACCACUAAACCUAUCGUCCCGUCUUUAGAAGAAAGCAACUUGGCAUUUUCCCCGAGAAAGAAAGCAAAUAAAAGAAACACUAAUAAAAAAAUUGAUGCAAGCGAGCCAUCGCCGACUGGGUGGAUGAUGACGCCUCCUGAGGAACUGGUGACUGAACCUACGCACACUCAGGAUACUUCAGAACAUACUAUGCUGUCUGGUUUCAUAAAACCUUUACUGACCAAGAUCCCCAAGAAGGUCAAGCCCACAAAAAAACCCAAAACAGAUAAAAUCUCAAAACCAGCUGCCUCUCCGAGAAACAAGCCUCAAGUUGUAGCAAAUGUCAAAAACAAAAAUGGGGAAAAGGACAAAAUCAAAAGUCCAAACAAAAUGGAAACAAGACCAACAACUGAUCCCAGUAAAACACCCCCAACACAAAGCCACUCAGAAAAUUAGGAAAUAGACAAAACUAAACACGAACUUAAAUACUGAUGUACGCGGACGGACUUAGAGUAUCGUGUCAUCUUACAAAUAACCCCUUCCAUCGUGUAAAGACUUCCGGCCCUUUUACAUGGGCCGAUUGUCUGGCGAAUGGGUGUUUCUAGUAAUGAUAAAUGUGAAUGGGCGCACACUGGUUUGUCAGCUGAUGGCAUCUGUGCGGCCAAUAAAAUCAUUGUUAUCAGGUGCACAUCACCCAGGUAAACCGAUGAUGUGAGCCUUAUGAAAGCUCUGGAAUUCGCUGAUCAUCGAGAUCAACAUUGUUGUUUCUUUUUUUUUUUUUUUGCUGUAGCCCAUCCCCUACAUAUUUUUGUAAGUAAGGGGCAGUAUUAUAGCACUUAUAUUUUAGUAAAUAGGGGACAGUAUUAUAGUAGUUAUAUUCUUUUAUAUAGGAGCAGUAUUAUAGUAGUUAUAUUCUUGUAUAUAGGAGCAGUAUUAUAGCACUUAUAUUUUAGUAAAUAGGGGACAGUAUUAUAGUAGUUAUAUUCUUGUAUAUAGGAGCAGUAUUAUAGUAGUUAUAUUCUUGUAUAUAGAAGCAGUAUUAUACUAGUUAUAUUCUUGUAUAUAGGAGCAGUAUUAUAGUAGUUAUAUUCUUGUAUAUAGGAGCAGUAUUAUACUAGUUAUAUUCUUGUAUAUAGGAGGCAGUAUUGUAGUAGUUAUAUUCUUGUUUAUAUGAACAGUAUUAUAGUAGUUAUAUUCUUGUACAUAGGAGGCAGUAUUAUAGUAGUUAUAAUCUUGUAUUUAGAAGCAGUAUUAUAGAAGUUAUAUUCUUGUAUAUAGGAGGCAGUAUUAUAGUAGUUAUAUUCUUGUAUAUAGGAGCAGUAUUAUAGUAGUUAUAUUCUUGUAUAUAGGGAGCAGUAUUAUAGUAGUUAUAUUUUUGUACAUAGAAGUAGUAUUAUGAUAUUUAUACUUUUGUACAAAGGGGGCAGUAUUAUAGUAGUCAUAUUCUUGUACAUAGCAGGCAGUAUUAUAGUAGAUUUAUUCUGGCAUUUCAAUAAGCCAUAAAUGUUCGAUUGCUGGAGGUCCCACUGCCACAGAUCAGCAGAAUGAAACAACCACUGCCAGGGCUGCCAUCAGAAAUUUUGGGGCCCCUUACACGGUUUGAAGUCUGCCCCCACCCCUCCUCACUGUGGCACACUCUGGAUUUUAUCUUAGUAUCGGGCUUAGAAACAUAAAAUAAUAUUGCCACUCCAUAUUAUUUCUAGAGUGACUAAAUAAUACCAUCAUACUGUAAGGAAAUAAAAGCCACUAUACACAGACCAGUUUAACUAAUAACACCACUACAAUACAAUACCAAUACAAGGGACAUAUAAUUCUGCCACACCAUGACUACUACCAUUACCUGCCUAACACUGCUAUAUAGUUAUUGAAUAAAAACCACUAUACAAAAGAUCAAUAACCCCUAUAUAGGAGUAGAUUUGAGAUGUACACAGGUGUUGUAGACCAUAUAAGUCAUUAUAGUUACAGUCUUCUCUGAUCAGAGUCAUUCACUUUUCUCUUUCUUCUCCAUCUGUCCUGGGUCAUCAUGGAGAUUUCUCCUGAUCACAACUCGUCUUCACCGUAUCUGCAAGAUAAACAUUUUAGGCUUCCCGCUACAGCAAAGUCCUCAACUCUGUACAAACCCCCUGUAUGUAUUACACUGCCCCAGAUAGUAUUAGAUCCCUCUGUGCAGCUGUAUAGUAUUAGGCCCCAACAUUGUCUCUAUAGAUUAGCAGGCCCAAACAUUGCCCCAAUAGGUUAUUUUGCCAGAAACAUUACCCCCAUAGUAUAUUUUGUCCCUCACAUUACCCCCAUAGUAUAUUAUGCCCCUUACAUUACCCCCAUAGUAUAUUAUGCCC